CCGCGUCCUUGGAUGAUGCUGCCAGUCCGUCUCUCCCCGUGGCACCGAGAGGAAGGCACGAUGGCGCAGGUCACCAAAGUCAAGCUCUUCAACGGGCGAGAAAUGCCCAUGGUGGGCCUGGGAACCUGGGACAUCGAGGAGGAGGCCCUCCAGGUGGCACUCGAGACCGGCUACAGGCACAUCGACACAGCCGCCCUCUACAAGAACGAGGCGGCCAUCGGGGGCGUCCUCAGCAGGUGGCUCUCGCAGGGAAGGGUCGCCAGAGAGGACCUCUUCGUGACCACUAAGCUCCCGAUGAUUGGCUGCCGAGCUGAUGACGUCACCAAAUUCCUGACGUCAUCGUUGAAGAAGUUGCAGCUGAGUUAUGUCGACCUUUAUCUCGUGCACUUUCCGGCCGGACUGAAAGGGAAGGACGAGGACGACCUGCGCCCCGUGGGACCCGACGGCCGCAGCGUCCUCGACAGGGACACCGACCUCGAGCGUCUGUGGAAGGCCAUGGAGGAGCAGGUGGACGCAGGGAGGGCCAAGUCGAUCGGGAUUUCGAACUUCAACAGUGUGCAGAUUGAGAGGAUUAUGAAAUGUUGCCGCAUCCAGCCAGCUAACCACCAGGUGGAAAUUCACGCCUUUCACCAGCAGAAGGAAUUGCGAUCCCUUUGCCACAAGCACAACAUUACUGUGUGUGCUUAUGGGCCCCUCGGCGCUCCGUAUAAGGACGAGUGGACGAAGCAGCAGCCCCCUCUGCAGCAUCCGGCCGUGACCUCGCUGGCCGCCGUCUAA